AUACUCUACAGACAAACAUUAAAGUGUACAAAAUCUAAAUUUAAAAUAAGUCAGCGAAAUGGCGCCGAAAACGAGGGAAGCACAAUUGGCGGGAAUGGAUCAGAUUUUUCUGGAGGAUAUCCUGCCAAAGUGCCGCCAAUGUCAAACCACCACACAGGCGGACUACGUGAAUCAUAAUAAAGCCGAAAUGCGGUCACGCGUUAAAAAAAUACCGCAAGAAGACCCUUCGCUUCUCUCUGGCCACUAUGCGAACAAUCUCAAGGUUAACGGACAGGAAAUGAAAACAAGGUCCUGGCCCCGUUCUAUGGACUGGCGCGAGGAGUAUGAACAGUUUGUACGGCGCAACAAGUGGUGCAACGAGGAGAUCUACAAGCUGUUCUUUGUGUGCCCGCCCGUGCAGUACAAACAGAUCGAGCAAUAUCUGAAAGACCUGCAAAAGACGGUAUAUAUGUUCGACUACUCCCACAAGGAGUACGUGUCGCUGCUAAGCCAGCGCCGUAAAAACUUGAGCAAAGAAGACAUUAAGCCUGACAUGAACCACAAGGACUAUUGGACAACCUAUGGGAAUUAUUACAAUCGCAUCCAGGAAACGGAACAAUUUCGGGAUGCAAUCUAUCCAGAGCCCAAGCCAAAAGACAUGUCGUUGGAUAACUUUGCGAAGGCAAUGCGUAAACUGUUUACAAAGUACAAUCUAACCACCUACUUUGACGAGAUAUGCGUGCCGGCACUGUUCAUGGCCAAGGAUGGCAUAAUGCCAUCGGGGCCCAUCGAUCGUUAUACCCUACGAAAGUACUGAGUCCAGUUUCCACAUCCACACUACUUACACAUCCU